AUGAUCCAAGCAAUACAAGUACUAAGGUUUCACCUUUUGGAAUUAGAAAAGGUUCAUGAAUUGUGUGAUAACUUCUGCCAUCGGUACAUUAGUUGUUUGAAAGGAAAAAUGCCAAUAGACCUCGUUAUUGAUGAAAGGGAUGGCAGCUCCAAAUCAGACCACGAAGAACUCUCAGGAUCUUCCACAAAUUUAGCCGAUCAUAAUCCUUCAUCUUGGAGAGACCACGAUGAUGCAACCUCAACGCACUCGGCAGGCACACCGGGGCCCUCCAGUGGGGGCCAUGCUUCCCAGAGCGGAGACAACAGCAGCGAGCAAGGAGAUGGUUUAGACAACAGUGUAGCCUCACCUGGUACAGGGGAUGACGAUGACCCAGACAAGGACAAAAAGCGUCAGAAGAAAAGAGGCAUUUUCCCCAAAGUAGCAACAAAUAUCAUGAGAGCAUGGCUUUUCCAGCAUCUCACACAUCCAUAUCCUUCAGAGGAGCAGAAGAAACAGUUAGCCCAAGACACAGGACUCACAAUUCUACAAGUAAACAACUGGUAA